CAGGAAUAUAAUCCUAUUUGUUAGAAGUCCACUUCUCUUGCUGCAGAUAAGAACUUGCUUCAUCAAAUCUUGAAGAUGGAUCUAGAGGCAGAGCUGCUCGGGAAUGCAUCCCAUAAAGAUGUUAGGGAGUCACUAGGGGAUGCAGCCCUUGAAGAUGCUACAGGUAAUUAGUAAGAUAGCCUUUCGUAAUUGUUUAGAUUUAAAAUUUAUUUUAUAUUUUCGAUGAUGAAACAUGUGUGUAGCUAUUUUUCUUUUUAUGCCAGGGGUAAUAACAUAGCUCUCGUUACCUGUUUAGAUUUAAAAUUUCUUUUAAAAUGAUCUUUCACUUAAAGGCAGAGUCAUUCGGCACAGAGCCGCUAGGGGAUGCAACUCCUGAAGAUGCAGCCCCUGCAGAUGCUAGAGGCAGGUCAUCAUCUUCAUCGUCUAAGAAGAGAGGUCCUACGCGAGGUUUAGAAUUACAUGAGAAGACUUCAUUGAAAAGGGUCAUUGAGAUUAAUGAAUUUGGGCAAUCGAAUGCAGGGAAUGCAAAUCGGAUCGCAUUCAAUUCAAGCAUUGGUGUUCUCACCGGCACACACAUUCCAAUCACCUACACAGACUUUCGGCAUGUGCCUCCACAAUACAUUCAAAGGGUCAGUGAUAUCGUGGCGUGUAGUUAUGAAUUUCAGGAUAAGCAAGAAGCGUGGCCACAAUACGUUCGUGAUCAUUGUAUGGCCGCUUGGAGAAAUUUCAAGACCAGUUUGCAUAAAAAGUAUAUUAAGGACAAGGAUCCUGCAGUUGUGAAAUCGUAUCAUGCCCCUAUUGGUGUCCCUAUUGAGGAUUGCAUGAUCUUCAUGGAUUAUUGCAAUACUGAUAAAUUCAAGGAAUCAAGUGUAAGAAAUGCAUCCAAUUGGGCCAAACAAGUUGGCCGUUCUACACUUAGUCGGCAUAACAUGGUUGCCACACGUCAUGAGAUGGUACAUGUCCUAAAAUAA